UAUUCUCGCAUGAUGCCGCCGGUUAAGUACAACAUAAAAAUAGUUAAAAAUGUGAACAUUGAGUCGUUUUCGACCGACGACGCACGAAAGUAUCGUACAAUCAGUGCACGGCUCAAGCGUCCCAAUCCCUUGUUCGAGAAGUGGCUGGAAGAAAUGAUCGCCAAAGCGGAAGAGAAGAACUCGAUGGGAAAGAUGGCUCUCCAGAAAGCCCUAACAUCGCUACGGCGCUACCCACUUCCGCUGGCAUCGGGUCGGGAUUGUAUCGCGUUGGUAGACUUUGGAAAAACAAUUUGUGAACAUUUGGAAAAGCGCUUGAAAAGCUACCUUGCCAGCGGAGGUACGGUACCUUCCAAUCAUAAUGUAGCCAUCGAAAAGAUUCUUAACGACGAAGAAAGUGAUCACUAUCGGGAGCUUACGAAAGGUUUGCAGAGCGCAGCUAUUGAGGUAGAUUCGGAAACGUCUGAACCCGUUGAAGAUGCCAUGCCGGACGAUUCAGUAUUCAAUUAUGUCCCUGAAGCAGUAGACGGAGGCAGUGAUUCGAUUGCUAUACGGAAUCCAAAAGCAAUUCUUCUGGUCGAUACGGCUGAAACGAUCGGCAAAUCGAAGAGUAGCCUCGACAGAACGCUUAAAGAGUUGGCUCAAAAUAGCGUCGAGCACGAGGUGCGUCGUCUGAGUGUUGGAGAUUUUGUUUGGAUCGUUCGGGAUGACACCGGACGCGACUUCCUGCUGCCAUACGUGAUCGAGCGAAAGCGAAUGGACGAUUUGGCGAGCAGCAUCAAGGAUGGGCGAUUUCACGAGCAAAAGUUUCGUCUCAAACAAUGCGGUCUGGCGAAUGUGAUAUACUUGAUCGAGCACCUGGGAAACAACCGGCAAGUCGGGGUACCGGAAAGCACGCUCACGCAGGCGGCUCUCAAUACAUACGUGCAAGACUUUACCGUAAAAUAUACGGAAAACCAUCACCACACCGUGAUGUAUCUGUCGGUAAUGUCGAAAUUUAUCAAUAACUCUUUGAAGAACAAAACAUUCGUGGAUGUCACAAACCGCCCCACGUCCGAGGUACCAACAGCAUUCCCUCUUUCGAGUCACGCCGUUCCCCUGCUUUCGUUCGAUCAUUUCUACAAACAGUCGUCGAAGACACGAGACUGCACCGUCCGGGAAGUGUUUAUGAAGCAACUGCUGCAGAUCAAGUUGCUCACGAUCGAAAAAGUAAAUGCAAUCGUCGGGAAGUAUCCUACACCCCAGAGUUUGUUCCGGGCUUAUGAGCGUUGUCCCAGCGAGACGGAACGGCAGCGGAUGUUAGAUCUCCCGUUCGGUCCCACGAAUCGAACCGUCGGUGAGAAGCUGAGCAAAGUAGUCUACCACUUGAUGAUGAACGAUCGGUACAUCUCGUGAAAUCUGAGAAUUUCCCGUUGCUCACAUUUGUCGUUAACUGUAAUGCCGCGUGGAUUAUUUACAAAUUGUAUCCGAGAACGAACCUGAACAUCAAACUGUUGUCGUCGCACGGAAACAACACUACGAUCGAGGACGCCGGUGUUAAGUUGGAUGAAAAAACGAGGAAAAUCUGUAACCUGCCAACCUUAGGGAAAGCGAAUGGUUGGUGUUUUCACUUUCAUUCUUCCCAAACUGCCUGCCGUACCGAAUGGAAAUGGAAUGGCCGAGAUAGUGUGCGAGUGCGGGCGAUGAUAAAGGAUGUUGAAGAAACUUAUCACUGAAGGGCGUUGCGCUAUUCCGUUCAUCCUGUGCAAUGGUUUCGAUGGGGUUCUACUUCUGACUGCAGUCGACAAUCUUCUGAGCUUCAGCCUGCGUGCGGAAGAAAUGUAAGGAAAAGAUUCCCAUUGUGUUUACGCGGUUCGGGCUUAGCAGUUAUGCCCAGUGUAAAGUAGGUGAGCAUAAUUGAAACUUACUUGUAUCAUCCGGUAGAUGACGAGAAGGGAAUCGACCGGCGUUUUACAGGCGUCCUGCCCGUACGACGUGCCCGCCAGCGGGCUCAUACCCAGCGCACCCGGCGACCGCUUCCCCCAGGCGGGCGUGAAAGUUAGCUAAAGUUGAAGGAGGAAGAAAAAGUUAGACGUCCCCGGUAUCGGCGUGCCAUUGCUGGAAACGCUUCUGCUGCUUACCUGUGCAUCACAGACGAACAUCAAAGCGGCACAGAUCAACAGCAUGCUGAACAGUUUGACGGUAUCCAUUACGUCGGUGGUUUCGGUGGGCCGGUCUUUCUCCUUGGACGAACGGUAUAUAAUGCGUUACGGAUUGACGCUUGCCUUUUGAGGUCGGAUGUAAGAGUGCUUCUGAUUUGUGCCAGCUUCCGCGUGGUACUUUUUAUAGUGCUGUGAUGCUUGAAGGUGAUGUUGUAUGGUUUCAACGAGCAGUCCUGUUCGUACCAGAGCGAGACUAAUUACGGAUAUUUUUCGACGAACAAUUGAAGGUCAUGCCGUCAUCAAUCACUUUGUUUUAAUUUUACCAGUUAGUUAAAAUGUUGUAGUCAGAAUUUGGUUUAUUACAAUUUGUAAAAGAAAACAAGACUAUAUCUAGCAUUUACAAUAUGUUUAGCCAAUAAUGCUCACGUUACAGACGUAACUGUUUUUUUUAAUUGCAAGUUUUAGCCAUCAUAAAUGCCGCCUUACACACUAUCCACGAGCCUGCCGCAAGGAGAGUUAAAAGAAAGGAGAUGCUCCUCUGGAAGCCUUCUAACUAUUGUACCGUUCUGAUAGUGCCUUUAAUUAGUUGGCCUCACUCAUAAAACCGAUCUUGCGGGCAUCCUGCAGUAAAUUGAGGUUGGAAAAACGAAAGAGGUUUAUUUGUUUCCUGUUGCAGUGAAGACGUGGCAGACAUGGAAGUACGGCUUGUUUCUCGAGUUUCAAAAUAAGUGGAAUUAAACUCAAUAU